GUGAAACGUAUAGGCUGAAGUUGAUCCCCUUGGUAUGUUCAUCAUUAUUGAGUACCCGAACCUGAUUCCCACACAGCGAACAAUUCUCCACCAGAAAACCCUCCGCCGGCUUCCAAUUCCCGCACCCUCAAAUACCCGGCGGCCGGCGACCGUCGUCGUCCUUCCGGAGAAGAUUAGGGGCAGUUUUGGGUCUGUUCUUCAUACUCAGUCCACCGAUUAUCUACUGGAGUAAAUAAACACUCUCUGCUGUGUGAAAAUACAAGAAGUAUCCAAGAAAAAGAACCGCCAUAUUUUCCCGGACAUUCAUCUUUGCUUUUCAGGCGUGCUUGAUUGUGUGGGUAUGCGACAAUCCUAUUUGGGGUUUUGUUGACGGAUGAAGAUAAUUGAACCAUAGGGUUUCUCAGUUUGUUGUUGGAUGGCUAUGAGAGGGGUCGAUUUCAAGUGGUAUGAUGGGUUUUUCUUGUCAAUGCUGGCUACAAGUAUAAUAAUAGUUGCGGUUAGUUGGAAGAGGUACCAUUCUUGUGUAUACCCCUUGCACAUAUGGAUCGUGGUUGACUACGCGGUAGUGUUUGUCUUUCGGCUAUUGAUGUUUGUGGAUAAUGGACUUGCCGCUGGAAUGGGACUUGAUUUUGGCUGGCAGCAGAGACGUGCCCGCUUUUGUGGAAGAAUCGUUGUUCUUUCUAUCUUAGCUUUGCUGCUCUAUCCAUUUCUUUGGGGUUGGACCAUAAUUGGGGCUCUAUGGUUCAAUAGUUCAAGAAAUUGUCUUCCAGAAGAAGGUCAGAAGUGGGGGUUUCUGAUUUGGUUGCUUUUCAGCUAUUGUGGGCUUGUGUGUAUUGCUUGCAUAACUACAAGAAAGUUCUUGGCAAGAAGACAAGCACAUUUAUUACGUGAUCAACAAGGGCCAUCAUUUUCAGAAUUUGGGGUGUUGGUUGACAUGAUUCGGGUGCCAGGAUGGGCAUUUGAUGUUGGUCAAGAAAUGAGGGGGAUGGGUCAAGAUGCUACUGCAUACCAUCCCGGACUUUACUUGACCCCAGCUCAGAGAGAAGCAGUGGAGGCACUUAUACAGGAAUUGCCCAAGUUCACGAUGACGGCUGUCCCAACUGAAUGCAGUGAGUGCCCCAUCUGCCUGGAAGAGUUUCACGCCGGAAAUGAGGUCCGCGGUCUACCUUGUGCUCACAACUUCCAUGUGGAAUGCAUUGACCAGUGGCUCCGCCUAAACGUAAAAUGCCCAAGGUGCCGCUGUUCGGUCUUCCCAAACCUUGAUCUGAGUGCUCUGUCCAAUAUCCAACCCGACCCGGAGAGGUCAUCAGCUUCGGCAAACAGCUAUAUCAGAACACAACCACCUUCUAGCCAGAGCUAUAUCCUAAGAUUGCACGGCCUGCUUCGUCCAGUCAGUACUGAGAAUUCUGAAACCUCAUCAACAACUGUUGAAAACUCUGUCCAAGUAGUGGUCGAAGAACGCGUUUCGCCUCUUCAAUGACCCCUUUUUUUCUCCUGGGAGAGAGAGAGAGAGAGAGAGAGAGAGAGAGGGAGAGAGAGAGAGAGAUCUUCACAUCAUACAUCAGGUUCUAGUAUAUUCUAACUGCAUUGGCUCUUGGUGAGUUUUUUUUGCCUGUUAUAGCCAUUGUUGACUGUCUCCACUCUUGAAGUGUUCAUAGUGAACUUAGAGGCUGAAAAUAAAUAAUACACACACAACUCGACGAAACCGAAUGCUCUUUUUCUCUUGUCUAAGUGAAAGUGUGGACUCAGUUGUACAAAGGGGGUGUGCCCAAACUGUGAAAUGUGGUUAUGUGAAAUAGGUUUUUUGUUGUUGGAGUAUUCAUUACCUUUUUACCCCCAACACGUCUAGGGCGUGUUUGGAUUGAAGGCAUUUUAGCCCUUGGCAUAGCAGGCAAUCAAAUGGGGUUUUUCUC